AUGAGCCACUACGACUCCGAGAAUCAGGUCCCCGAGGCUCCCACCAAAGCCCACCAUGUCGAGGACGAGCCAGGCGUGACCAACGAUGCCGUUUUUGGUACUAUUCACGAAGACGGCCCCAACUACCGCAACGUAGGAUGGCUUGGAACGUCAGUCCUCAUGAUGAAGUCCCAGAUCGGCCUAGGUGUCUUGUCCAUCCCAGCCUCCUUCGACGUCCUCGGCUUGAUCCCUGGUGUUGUCUGCCUGCUGGUAAUUGCAGUCCUCACCACGUGGUCCGACUACAUCGUCGGAAAAUUCAAGCUCCGCCACCCUGAGGUGUACGGCAUCGACGACGCAGCUGGACUCAUGUUUGGUCGAGUCGGCAAGGAGGUCUAUGGCAUCUCAUACGCUCUCUACACCAUCUGUAUCGCCGGUUCUGGCAUGCUCGGCAUCUCGAUCGCCCUCAACACACUCUCCACACACGCAACCUGCACUGCAGUCUAUGUCGCCGUGGCCUGUAUCGUCGCCUUCAUGACCGCCAGCGUGCGUACGCUCGACCGUGUCAGCUGGCUUGCAUGGAUCGGCCUGGUGACUCUUGUCUCAGCCAUCUUUGUUGUGACCGUCGCCGUCGGCGUCCAGGACCGCCCUGACGCGGCGCCCCAGGAGGGCGAGUGGAAGUCCGACUAUAAGCUGGUCAACACGCCUACCUUUGCAGAUGCCAUCUCGGCCAUCUCGGCCUUUGUCUUCGCGUACGCCGGCACACCCGUCUUCUUCCCGAUCGCGGCCGAGAUGCGCGAACCUCGUCACUAUAAGAAGGCGUUGUUCCUUUGCCAGGCCGUCGUUACUGUCACGUAUAUUGUUGUUGGAAUCGUUGUCUACUACUAUUGCGGCACGUAUGUUGCAUCCCCAGCCUUGGGAUCUGCUGGCAAGACUAUCAAGAAGAUCAGCUACGGACUGGCUCUCCCUGGUUUGAUCGUCAGCGCGUGUCUCUACACUCAUGUCCCCGCCAAGUAUGCCUUCAUCCGCUUCCUACGAGGCUCCAAGCAUCUCACCGCCAACACCUUUACCCACUGGUCUACUUGGCUCGGCUGCACCUUUGCCAUGGCCGUCAUCGCCUACGUCAUCGCCAGCGGUAUCCCCGUCUUUGGCGGCCUUGUCUCUCUUGUUGGCGCGCUCUUUGGAACCUUUCAGUGCCUACAGCCCAUGGGCUGUAUGUGGUUGUUUGACAACUGGCACAAGGGCAAGAACAAGGCGCAGAGAACUACCAAGUGGACUCUUAUGGUCAUCUGGAGUGUGUUUAUCAUUGUGAUUGGUACGUUCUUGAUGAUCGGAGGCACUUAUGGCUCCAUCGUUGGUAUCAUUAACUCUUACAACAAGAGCGGCGGCUCUAGCGCUUGGUCUUGCGCUGACAACUCGAACUCGACUUGA